CACACGCCCUGUUUGCUGCCUGCGCCUCCUACACAGACUCUCGAAUCCCGAAGAAUUGAAUUUAAUCAUUUCCUGACAAAAGAAUGCAAUUUCAACUGACCCUUUUUUUGCACCUUGGGUGGCUCAGUUUCUCGAAGGCUCAAGAUGACUGCAGCAUGGGUGCCUGUCAUCCUACCACUGGCAAUCUCCUCGUGGGCCGUCACAGGCAGCUUACAGCUUCUUCCACCUGCGGGCUGAACGGAGCCCAGAAAUACUGCAUCCUCAGUUACCUGGAGGAGGAACAAAAGUGCUUCAUCUGUGACUCCAGAUUUCCUUAUGACUGGUACACCCAACCCAACAGCCACACCAUUGAGAAUGUCAUUGCAAGUUUUGAACCAGACAGAGAAAAGAAAUGGUGGCAAUCUGAAAAUGGUAUGACGUUUCGGCCUGCUGCAAUGUUAGUUGAACGUUCCCAAGACUAUGGACACACCUGGAAAGUGUUCAAAUAUUUCGCAAAAGAUUGUGCUACUUCCUUUCCCAACAUCACAUCUGGCCAGGCCCACGGAGUGGGAGACCUUGUUUGUGACUCCAAAUAUUCGGAUAUUGAACCCUCAACUGGUGGUGAGGUUGUUUUUAAAGUUUUGGAUCCUAGUUUUGAAAUUGAAAACCCUUACAGCCCCUACAUCCAAGACCUUGUGACAUUGACAAACCUGAGGAUAAACUUUACCAAACUCCAUACCCUUGGGGAUACUGUGCUUGGAAGGAGGCACAGUGAUUCCCUUGAUAAAUACUACUAUGCUCUGUAUGAGAUGGUUGUUCAAGGCAGCUGUUUUUGCAAUGGCCAUGCUAGUGAAUGUGGCCCCACACAGCAGAUGCGGGGAGAUGUUUUCAGCCCUCCUGAAAUGGUUCAUGGUCGGUGUGUCUGUCAGCACAAUACAGAUGGUCUGAACUGUGAGAGAUGCAAGGACUUCUUCCAGGAUGCUCCUUGGAGGCCAGCUGCGGGCCGCCAGGACAACGCUUGCAGACCGUGUAGCUGUAACGGCCACUCUGACCGCUGUCACUUCGACAUCACCGCGUUCCAGGCGAGCGGCGGCCGCAGCGGGGGCGUGUGCGAAGGCUGCGGGCACAACACCGAGGGGCAGCACUGCGACCGCUGCAGGCCGCUCUUCUACAGGGACCCCCUCAAGGCCAUCUCGGAUCCUUACGCGUGCAUCCCUUGUGAAUGUGACCCUGAUGGGACCGUGUCUGGAGGCAUUUGUGUGAGCCACUCUGACCCUGCAGUGGGAUCUGUGGCCGGCCAGUGCCUAUGUAAGGAGAACGUGGAAGGAGCCAACUGCGACCAGUGCAAGCCCAACCACUAUGGCCUGAGCGCCACCGACCCCCUGGGCUGUCAGCCCUGUAACUGUAACCCCCUUGGGAGUCUGCCACUCUCGACCUGUGAUGUGGAUACAGGCCAAUGCUUGUGCCAGUCAUAUGCCACUGGGCCACGCUGCGAUGAAUGCGCUGUUGGAUACUGGGGCCUGGGAAAUCAUCUCCGUGGGUGUUCUCCCUGUGACUGUGACAUUGGAGGUGCUUAUUCUAACAUGUGCUCACCGAAGGAUGGGCAGUGUGAAUGCCGCCCACACAUUGUUGGCCGCAGCUGCACCGAACCAGCCCCUGGGUACUUCUUUGCUCCUUUGAAUUUCCAUCUCUAUGAGGCAGAGGAAGCCACGCCACUCCAAGGACUUGCGCCUUUGAGCUCGGUGACUUUUGGCCAGAGGCCUGCUGUUCACACUGUUUUACGAGAGCCGAUUCCUGGGAACCCUGUUACGUGGACUGGACCCGGAUUUGCCAGGGUUCUCCCUGGGGCUGGCUUGAGAUUUGCUGUCAGCAACAUUCCCUUUCCUAUGGACUUCACUGUUGCCAUCCGCUAUGAAGCCCAGUCCGCAGCUGACUGGGCGGUCCAGCUCGUGGUUAACCCCCCUGGAGGGAGUGGGCCCUGCAUCCGCAAGACUCCACAGCCAAAGCCUCCAUCUUUUGCCUUACCAGCGGCUGCCAGAAUCAUGCUCCUUCCCACAUCCAUCUGUUUAGAACCAGAUGUACAAUAUUCUGUCGAUGUCUAUUUUUCCCAGCCUUUGGAAGGAGAGUCCCACGCUCAUUCACACAUCCUGGUUGAUUCUGUAACCUGCAAGUGUCACCCCCAGGGCUCGGUUGGGUCCAGCUGCAGCCGACUUGGAGGCCAGUGCCAGUGUAAACCUGGUGUGACCGGGCGCUGCUGUGACAGGUGCUCAACUGGAAGCUACGGUUUGGGACAGCAUGGCUGUCAUGCAUGUCACUGCCAUCCUCAAGGAUCAAAGAACACGGCAUGUGACCAAAUAACAGGACAGUGUCCUUGCCACGGAGAGGUGGCCGGCCGCCGCUGUGAUCAGUGCCUGGCGGGCUACUUUGGAUUUCCCAACUGCCGCCCUUGCCCUUGUAAUGGGUUCGCUGAACAUUGUGAUCCAGGGACAGGGUCAUGCUUCAAUUGCAGAGGCUUUACAACUGGAAGAAACUGUGAAAGGUGCAUCGAUGGUUACUAUGGAAAUCCUUCUUCAGGACAGCUCUGUCGUCCUUGCCUGUGUCCAGAUGUUCCCUCAAGCAAUCAGUAUUUUGCCCAUUCCUGUUAUCAGAAUCCUUGGAGCUCAGAUGUAAUCUGCAGUUGUCUUCAAGGAUAUGUAGGUAUUCAGUGUGGAGAAUGCUCUGCCGGUUUCUAUGGAAAUCCAAAAAUUUCAGGAGCACCUUGCCGGCCAUGCGCCUGCAACAACAACAUAGAUGUAACUGAUCCAGGGUCCUGCAGCCGGGUGACAGGGGAAUGCCUUAGGUGUCUGCACAACACUCAGGGCCCAAACUGCCAGCUCUGCAGACCAGGUUACUUCGGAUCAGCCCUCAAUCAGACCUGCAGAAGAUGCUCCUGCCAUCCUUCCGGUGUGAAUCCAGCUGAGUGUCCCCCUGGUGAGGGAGCUUGCCUCUGUGAUGCUGUCACUGGCAGAUGCCCUUGUCUGUCAAAUGUCACUGGCCUGGCCUGUGACCGUUGUGCUGAUGGAUACUGGAAUCUGGUCCCUGGAAGAGGAUGUCAGUCAUGUAACUGUGACCCUCAGAACUCCCAAAGUAGCCACUGUGACCAGCUUACAGGCCAGUGUCCCUGUAAAGUAGGCUAUGGUGGGAAACGUUGCAAUGAGUGCAAGGAAGAUUAUCACGGUGAUCCGCGGGGGCGAUGCCUGCCAUGCGACUGCAACAGGGCAGGUGCCCAGAAGCCCAUCUGUGACCCAGACACAGGCAUGUGCCGCUGCCGUGAGGGUGUCAGCGGCCAGCGAUGUGAUCGCUGUGCCCCAGGUCAUGGCCAGGAAUUCCCUACUUGUCUUCGAUGUCACUUGUGCUUUGAUCAAUGGAACCACAACAUUUCUUCCCUCUCCAAAGCUGUGCAAGGGUUAAUUAGGCUGGCGGCUAACAUGGAAGAUAAAAGAGAGCCCCUGCCUGUCUGUGAGGCAGACUUCAAAGGCCUCAGAGAGAACAUGUCUGAAAUAGAAAGGAUUUUGAAACAUCCUGUUUUCUCAUCUGGGAAAUUCUUAGAAGUCAAGGAUUAUCACGACUCUGUUAGAAAACAAAUCAUGCAGCUAAAUGAACAAUUCAAAGCAGUGUAUGAAUUUCAAGACCUGAAGGAAACCAUAGGAAGAAUGAAGAAUGAGGCAGACCUCUUAUUUAAAGACCUUCAGGAAGAAAUUGAUUUACAAUCUGGUGUCCUUAAUGCAAGCAUCGUGGACUCCUCAGAAAACAUCAAGAAGUAUUAUCACAUAUCAUUAUCUGCUGAAAAAAAAACUAAUGAAACUAGUUCCAUCAUAAAUAACUCUGAAAAUACCAGGAAUGACUCACUCACCAUCUUAGAUACACUAACAUCAAAAGGAAACUUGUCAUUGGAAAAAUUAAAGCAGAUUAAGAUACCAGAUACCAAAGGUGGCGCCCUCUGCACAGGCCCUGAGGGUCACAGGCGGUGUGGUGGUCCCGGCUGCCACGGCUCCCUGACCCUCUCAGGGAAUGCCCUCCAAAGUGCCCAGGAAGCAGAAUCCAUGAUUCAUAAUCUGGACAACCAGGUUUAUGGGUCAAAGAAUCAGAUCAAAAAUAUAAGUAAACUGGCAGAAGUCUCCAAAAACAACGUCUUACAGCUAAGUGAGAAAGUGGAAAAUAUAAAAAACCAAAGUGAAUCUGAAGGAGAAAAAAUGAGUCUUUUAAUCAAAAAAGUGAAAAACUUUUUGUUAGAGGAAAAUGUGCCUCCAGAAGACAUAGAGAAGGUUGCAAACGGUGUACUUGACAUCCACCUGCCAGGAACAUCACAAAAUCUCACCCAUGAACUUGACAAAAUACAGAAAUUUAUGCAACUCUGCGAGGACUACAGGACAGAUGAGAACAGGCUAAAUAAAGCAGCAGAUGGAGCCCAGAAGCUUUUGGUGAAGGCCAAAGUAGCUGAGAAAGCAGCAAAUGCUCUAUUAAAUCUUGAGAAAACGUUGAGCAAGUUGCAACAAGCUCACAUCACUCAAGGACGGGCAAACUCGACCAUCACACAGCUGACUGCAGAGAUAACAAAAAUAACGAAGAAUGUGCUGCAGGCUGAAAACCAAGCCAAGGACAUGAAGAAUGAGCUGGACUUAGCCAAGCAGCCGUCAGAGCUGGAGGACGGACUUUCCCUGCUGUGGACCAAGUUGCAAAGGAACGAAGACCAAGCCGUCAGUAUGAAAGACUGGGCCGAAUCCGCCCAACGUCAGGCUGGGAGCGUUGAGCAGGAGUUUGUUGAGCUGAAAAAACAAUAUGCUAUUCUUCAACAUAAAACAAGCGCUACAGGACUGACAAAGGAAACAUUGGGAAGAGUUAAACAGCUGCAAGAUGCUGCAGAAAAAUUGGCUGGAGAUGCAGAGGACAAGAUAAGAAGAAUAACGGAUUUAGAAAAGAAGAUCCAAGAUUUGAAUCUAAGUAGACAAGAAAAAGCUGAUCAACUGAAACAAUUAGAAGAUCAAGUUGUUGCCAUUAAAAAUGAAAUUGUCGAACAAGAAAAUAAAUAUGCUACCUGCUACAGUUAAGCAGAGUGAAAACACAAAGAUUAUGACUUUGUUUCUGGGUUCUGAUGCCCAAAGUUGAGGAGCUGCACUGAACUUGUG